AUGGUCUCCAAGACGAGAGCAUACAACUGGUACAUCUCACUCGUUGCAGCAUCAUGUAUGGUGCUAUACGGUUACGAUGCUUCUGUUUUCAACGCCCUCCAAAACUCAAAGCAUUGGGUCGCCUACUACAACCACCCUGGACCCAACAUCAUCGGAGCUAUCAACACAUCGUACACAGUCGGGGCUGUUGUAGCCGGUUUCUUCAUGGGCGGUCCGCUCGCUGAUUUCGCUGGUCGACGUGUCGGUAUGGCCGCUGGAUCUAUUUGUGUCAUCAUCGCGACUCUGAUGCAGACAUUCGCUCCCCGUGGACAAAUCGCAAUUUUCAUUGCUGGUCGCGUCCUGAUUGGUAUCGGUCAAGGGCUUGCGUUAACAGCAGGCUCCAUCUACAUAGGAGAGCUGUCUCCUCCCGAGAUUCGCGGAAAGAUCAUGUCCUUCUGGCAAAUGUUCUAUUCGGUCGGCUCUUUCAUCGCCUACUGGAUCAGCUUCGGAACGUCCAAGCAUCCCCAGAAACUUGGUGAAUGGGACUGGAAGAUGGUCGUCGUUUUCCAGAUGAUGGUGCCUAUCAUCAUUCUGUCUCAGGUCUUCUUUAUCCCGGAAUCUCCCCGUUGGUACGUGCAGAAGAACCGUAACUACGACAAGGCUCGUCAAUCGCUCCGCCGUGUCCGUGACACCGAACAAGAUGUCGAAGAUGAGAUCACAACGAUCCGCGAGGCCAUUGAGUUUGAAGCAGAGGCGAUUUCAUCUGGGUACUCUGCUCUGUGGAAGGACAAGUCUGUCCGGAAGCGCAUGUACAUUGCGAUGAUUGUCAAUGGUGGCCAGCAGAUCACCGGGCAAGGAACACUCAACUCCUACAGCUCCAUCAUAUACAAAAAAGUUUUUACCAGCGCUGAUACAAUCUCUCUGAUCAACGCUCUCAACGCUACCUUCAGUAUUCUCUUCACACUCAACGCUACAUGGACUGUUGAUAGGUUUGGACGCAAGUUUCUAUUCAUCGUUGGUGGAAUCGGUAUGGGCAUUUGCAUGCUCAUCGCAGCCACUGUGGAGACGCAGACGCUAUCGCUACCAAACGGUGCCAAGACGCAACCUGUCGGCAUUGCAAUCGUUUUCAUCAUGUUCCUAUUUGCCCUUUUCUACAAACCCUCUUGGGGCGCCACGGUAUGGAUUUUUACCGCUGAGAUCUUCUCUAUGAACAUCCGCGCUCAAGCCGUCGGCAUGUGCUCGCAAACUCAAAACGUCGUCAACUCCAUCGUCCAGCAAUUCUUCCCUCUUUUCCUCAAGAACGAGGGUUUCUAUGCCUUCUACAUGUUCGCGGCUAUCAAUGUGCUGCUGGCGGCUUUUGUCUGGUUCUUCGUCCCUGAGACAAAGAAGGUUAGCCUUGAAGAGAUGGAUGCCGUUUUUGGUGGUGCGAACCACGUUGUUGAGGGUGCGGCUAUUGACCACAAGGACUCAUUGAGGCAUACGAGUAUCUCGGUCGAUCCUGAGAACAAGGGAAUUGAGAAGGCUUAGUUCAUGUUUUCAUAGUGUAAUGUGUGAUGAAUUAAUGGUG